AUGCAACACGAAGCAGUGCCCGUGCUACCUGGGCGUCUCUCUCUCUCUCUCUCUCUCUCUGUUGACGUGCGCGCUCUUGGCAGGCCAGAGAACCGGUUCCCCGGCUGCCGCUGCAAGGCGCAGUGCAACACGAAGCAGUGCCCGUGCUACCUGGGCGUCUCUCUCUCUCUCUCUCUCUCUCUCUCUCUGUUGACGUGCGCGCUCUUGGCAGGCCAGAACCGGUUCCCCGGCUGCCGCUGCAAGGCGCAAGUGCAACACGAAGCAGUGCCCGUGCUACCUGGGCGUCUCUCUCUCUCUCUCUCUCUCUCUCUGUUGACGUGCGCGCUCUUGGCAGGCCAGAACCGGUUCCCCGGCUGCCGCUGCAAGGCGCAGUGCAACACGAAGCAGUGCCCGUGCUACCUGGGCGUCUCUCUCUCUCUCUCUCUCUCUGCGCUCUCUUCUCUGCAAGGCGCAGUGCAACACGAAGCUGCUACCUUGUCUCUCUCUCUCUCUCUCUCCCUGUUGACGUGCGCGCUCUUGGCAGGCCAGAACCGGUUCCCCGGCUGCCGCUGCAAGGCGCAGUGCAACACGAAGCAGUGCCCGUGCUACCUGGGCGUCUCUCUCUCUCUCUCUCUCUCUGUUGACGUGCGCGCUCUUGGCAGGCCAGAACCGGUUCCCCGGCUGCCGCUGCAAGGCGCAGUGCAACACGAAGCAGUGCCCGUGCUACCUGGGCGUCUCUCUCUCUCUCUCUCUCUCUCUGUUGACGUGCGCGCUCUUGGCAGGCCAGAACCGGUUCCCCGGCUGCCGCUGCAAGGCGCAGUGCAACACGAAGCAGUGCCCAUGCCACUUUGGGCGUCUCUCUCUCUCUCUCUCUCUCUGUUGACGUGCGCGCUCUUGGCAGGCCAGAACCGGUUCCCCGGCUGCCGCUGCAAGGCGCAGUGCAACACGAAGCAGUGCCCGUGCUACCUGGGCGUCUCUCUCUCUCUCUCUCUCUCUGUUGACUGCCCGUGCUACCUGGGCGUGCGCGAGUGCGACCCCGACCUGUGCGUGGCGUGCGGCGCCGACGCGCCCCUCGCCGUGUGCCGCAACGUGUGCGUGCAGCGCGGCGCGCACAAGCACCUGCUGCUGGCGCCCUCCGACGUGGCCGGCUGGGGCAUCUUCCUCAAGGAGGCGGCGCAGCGCAACGAGUUCAUCUCAGAGUACUGCGGCGAGAUCAUCUCGCAGGACGAGGCCGACCGCCGCGGCAAGGUCUACGACAAGUACAUGUGCUCCUUCCUCUUCAACCUGAACAACGAUUUCGUCGUCGACGCGACUCGCAAGGGCAACAAGAUCCGCUUCGCGAACCACUCCAUCAACCCGAACUGCUACGCCAAGGUGAUGAUGGUGAACGGCGACCACCGCAUCGGUAUCUUCGCCAAGCGCGCAAUCCAGCCAGGGGAGGAGCUGUUCUUCGACUACAGAUACGGACCAACAGAACAGCUGAAAUUUGUUGGCAUCGAAAGGGAAAUGGAAUUCUUA